GUUGCCGAGGUCCGGGAAAAACCGGCUUGGGUGUAUCGUGAAAUUAUUCCAGUUUUUUAUCGCCGCGUAAACCCCUCCCCGCGGCACGCGAGAGUCGCGGAGUGCGAGUGUCCUCUCAGUCGACCCUCGUCUUUCCCGGUGCACGUGUCUCGUAUCUUACCUUCUUUCCCUACGCCGAUUUUUCGCCCCACGGCGGACUUUUUCCCUGUAUUAUCGCGUUAUCGAUACUCGACUUUACAGAGGAAGAUGCCCUACAGGGGAAGACUUCGUCUGUUGGGUAGACUCUGCUCUGCCUCGAGGUCGACGCCGGCCAACAAGUCAAGACGUGCCGGCGUCGCGGCGCAAUUAGCGGACUUCGAGGCGAGACGCUUCUCGACGAGUACGCCACUCGAUAUGAGGUUCGUACAGUUUGUCGGGAAAAAUGGAGGUCCUCAGCAUCUGGGGGUACAGCUCAAGCAAGGAGGAGACAUCAUCGCCGUGUCUGCGGUGGAUUCAAGGAUUCCGAAUAAUCUGAAGAAGUUCUUAGACGGUGGCGAGGAACUGCUGAAAAAAGCCAAACGGAUUGUGGCUCAGGGCCGAAGCGUGACCAGAGAGGAAGAUGUUCAUUUUUUGGCCCCGAUCACGCAGAUGGACAAAGUCGCGUGUGUCGGUCUCAAUUACGUCGGUCAUUGCAAAGAGCAGAAUAAAGAGCCUCCGACGAGUCCAAUGAUCUUCAGUAAAUUCCCUAGCAACAUUGUUGGCCCCACCGACGAUGUAACAUUGCCUACUAUAUCCGACAAAGUCGACUGGGAAGCUGAACUUGCGAUCGUUAUUGGUAAAAAGUGCAAGGGCUUGGACAAUCACGAGGCCGAGGAUUGUAUAUUCGGAUACACGGUGGCUCAAGAUCUCUCGGCGAGGGACUGGCAGAGGAAAAAUGGCGGCCAGUUUCUGCUGGGCAAGGCUAUGGACACUUUCUGCCCACUGGGACCGGCUGUGGUUGCGAAAGAAGCGAUUUGCGACGUUAAUAAUCUAUCCGUUAAGACGUGGGUAAACGGAGAUUUAAAGCAAAAUGGGAAUACGUCCGAGCUCGUCUUCAAGCCUCGCGACAUUGUCGCCUACCUUUCUCAAUUCUUCACACUGUUACCGGGUGAUCUCAUCCUGACGGGCACUCCUGCUGGAGUGGGAUUUGCUCGGAAACCGCCGGAGUAUUUAAAGAAAGGAGACUGCCUGGUGACCGAGAUCGAAAGUCUCGGCCGACUCACGAAUAACAUUCUUUGAUCGAGCUGAGAUGGACGAAGGCCGCUAUUGAAACGCGCGUUCCGGCAUGACUUGGAUAUGCCGGAGCCGAGGGUUGGUUCCUACUAAUAAGUCGACAACGUUUACGAUCUGAUUUCUCGCAAAAUGGAAAUGCUAAUACGACGGAAAAGCCUCGAGUCCUCAGCGAACAGCGACGACCCCGUGACGUGCCCUCGAAAUGGAUAAAUGCCCGUUCCGAAUGCGCAAAUUAUGACUACCGGCGAGCGAACGCAAUUUUAGCAAUAGUUUUCGAUACUGUAUUAUUAAAAAGAACAAUUUUACAAUGUUUGUAUCUCCA